AUGCCGUCACGCAAGCGCUCGCUUGCUGCCAUCGAUGGCGACGAUAGCGAAAAUGAACACUCUAUCCAAUACCGUAUCCGAAAUAUGUGGCAAUUUGCGAACCUCUGCCAAUGGAUUUAUAUAUUUGGCAAAGCUGCGAAGAUCGAUGAGGCAAUCGAUGUCGAGGAGAUCGAAACAGAAUGUCUAAAACCGAACUCAAACAUCCUGGCAGAUAUCGCCCUGGCUCUCCUCAAACUCGUUUCGUCGCAUCGAGGUUUAACGCACGAGAUUUUUGAUGACCAAGCGCGGAAACAAUUCGUCAACAAGUCAACAAAUUGUAAUCCUUUCGGCUCUGGUGAAACACCACUUAGCUUCAAUGACUUUGAUGUGUUUACCAAGAUCAUCGUUAUGCAACAAUUAACCCAAUGGGUCAUGCUUCACCCUGAGCGCAUUCGAGACAAGAUGGAAGAGCAAAGGGAUAUUGAGCAAACAAGUUGGCGAAUAGAACCGUAUGGAUGGGAUGCAGACGAUCGAACUUAUUUCGUGCUUGAUGAUAACCGUGUAUACCGCCUCACAGAACCGCCAGUAGCUACAAGACCGACCAAACCCAAGAAAUCGAGGACAUCUUACGGAAAUCGACGCUCUAGCAAACGACGCCGCUCUGCAUUACAUACUGAAGAGGAACUGGCCGAAACAGACCAAGAUGUGAAGGAUAAUAUGCCUGACGAAAACAAUGGUCUCGGUGGAAUGACAUGGGAAUGUCUUGCCGUAACUCUAGACGAUGUAAGAUCUCUUGUGGAAGGUUUCCGGAAGACACGCGACGAGAACGAAAAGAUUCUACGAGAUCAACUAGAAGAGCAUCUCGUUCCAAUCUUGGAAAAGCAAGAACAAUCUCGACAGCGCAAAGAGUUGCAACGAGAGCGAGAAUUAGCGAACGCCGCCAAGAUGGCAAAUGCAAAGCGAUCAAGCCGGAUUGCUGGGAAAGUCGAACAACAGAAGCACGAAGAACAAAUUCGCGAAGAUGAACGUCACAAACGAGAAGGCGAAAAGAACAAACACCGAGAAGAGCUGGCGCAAGCGAAAAUGGAGCAUGAACGUGAUAAAAUAUUGAUCUCCCGGGAACAACGAUUACGAGAACGCGAGGCACGACGUAUUCAGCAUGAGGAAGAACUUGCGCAACUCUCAGAAGACAGUAGGAGCUUGUCGAAUGGUAGCGGACGAGUGUCCGAACGGCGUCUUCAAGUAGAGAUCGAGAGAAACAAACUAGCUCUGAAGGAGCUUGAGGACGAAGAAGAGGACUGGAUCUUUGACUGCACGUGCGGUCUCUAUGGACAAGUUGAUGACGGAGCUCACAGCGUGGCUUGCGAGAGAUGCAAUAUCUGGCAGCACAGUAAAUGUGUGGGAUUGAGCGAAGAAGCUGCCGAUCAACCGGAAUUCCACUACAUCUGUACUUCUUGUAUCCGGCGCGAUCAAGAAGCGAAACGUCCCAGGCCAACUAUCAAGCUGAAGCUCAACCGUCCGGCCAGUUCAGGCGCACAGACUGAGCCAUCUCGAUCUUCUGGUCACGAUGGGCAGCCUGAUAAUGGCGUGGAGGCUCAAAAGGUUAAUGGAACUGGAGAUGGAAGCCACAGAACAUACAACGACAACACGGAACAGAGUUCGACCCCGUUGAUCUCCACCCCUGGUACUAGUUUCAAUGGCGCUGGUCUCGCCAAUACUUCAACCGAUGUUCGCUCAGGGCCGAGCAAGGGUAUGUUUGGCACACCAAAAAGGACGCCGGUGAUCCCGGCACCUGUCAAGCUGGACGCUAGUAUCCAGGGCAGUCCAUCAGGCAAUGCGGCCAUGACAACUCCAAUGACGUCUUUUCGAACACCCAGCCCUUCUAAAGGCAUUGACAGUUUUCAAGGGGACAGGGCAAUUGAGUCCGCGCUGAGCACUCCUAAGAUCAGCCGCGAAAUCUAUCGCGCAGCUCACGAGCAAAACGGCACACUACCUUCCAUUGCUGGGCUUUCGCCAACCAAACAUUCACCACCUCGUCCCAAUGACUCGGCUAGCUCAAACAGAUUCAAAGUGGCCACUCCAAUACUACCCCCAGUGGCACUGUCACCGUCUCCUCAGCAUCAGAUUUUGACACCGCCAGUCAAACCGUCAGACCCGCCUAAGCCGUUCGAAAACCGAUGA